AUGCAGUUUGCCGAGGACAGGGAACGACCAACAUAUAAAGCGACCAAAGAUCCUGAUAUGAUUCUUGUCAAAGUCCACAAACCAAUACCCCUUUUCUACUUCGAUAUGGCUCAAACUCAGGAAGUCGAUCCAGCAGUCAUCGUGCCUGACGACGUUACUGAGGAUACUGACUCUUCCCUUGGCGAGGACCUUCAGUCUUCUACCGCCAGUGUCUCUAGCUCGAUCCUGAAUUAUCGCCGAGAGAAUGGCAGGACAUAUCAUGCCUACAAAGAUGGAAGUACUGGCAUCUGGGCUAUCGAUUAUGCAGAUGAACACCCUGAAGCUCAGGUAACUGGUGUUGAUCUAUCGCCAAUCCAACCAGACUUCGUCCCACCCAACGUGAACUUUGUCAUCGAUGAUAUCGAAGAUGAGUGGACUUACAGUCAGCCAUUUGACUAUAUCCACAGUCGUGUCAUGACAUCCUGCAUUUCAGACUGGGGCGAAUAUUUGACCAAGUGCUUUAACAACCUUGUCCCUGGUGGAUAUCUCGAAAUCCAAGAAGUCGACGUAAACAUCAAGUCCGAUGACGGCAGUCUCAGCCCAAACAAUAUUAUGCUCAAGUCUCUGGCCCUGUUGAAUGAAGCGUCUGUCAUGUUUGGCCGACCAUACCUCGAUAUCCUGUCUCUCGUGGACAUGAUGAGGGACAUCGGCUUUGAGGAUGUCGUUAUUGAGAAGUUCAAGUGGCCAAUCAACUCUUGGCCCCGAGACAAGAAGGCUAAGUUGCUCGGAAGUUGGUGCUAUACCAAUAUGGCUUGCGGUCUUGAGGCCUUCACUAUGGCACCAUUGACUCGUGCUCACGGAUGGACACCUGAGGAAGUGAAUCUCUGGCUAGUCCAUCAACGGAAGGCGAUGGCUGACAGAAACACUCAUGCGUAUUGGCCACUCUAUUCCAUCUAUGGAAAGAAGCCAUCAAAGGAGAAUUGA